GAGGACAACGAUCAUGAAGACGAUAUGUCGGAUCCAUUUGAGGCUCACUUCGCUAAUGUCGACGAUAACGAGCUCGUGAGACGGCUAGAGAGCAUCCAAGCGAAUAAGUGGCGGACGGAGAAGCAGGCAAUGGCAGACAAGGCCACCUUUACCGUCUCCGCUCCAAGUGGCGUAGAAGGAAGCAUCAUCCACAAGCCGACACCGCUGAGAAUCAAGGAGCUACCCUUGAAGAAGCGACUGGCAGAGACGGCAGCCAAGACCAUCUCCAAUCUUGACGGACUCCAGCGCGCCAUCGCACCAUAUGUGUUCAACUACACCGACCUCCUCCUCGGCGACCGCACCACCCAGAAUGCAUCACGCGUCCGCUCCCUCGCCUGUCUCCACGCUGUCAACCACAUCCUCAAAGGCCGCGACAAGGUCCUCCGCAACACCGCCAAACUCGCCCAAGCCUCAAAUCCCGACGCCCUCGACCUGCGAGACCAAGGCUUCACCCGCCCCAAAGUACUCCUCCUGACCGAGACCCGGCAGAUGGCGUACAACUACGGCGAGCAGAUCAUCUCCCUCUUCCAACCCGACCAAGUCGAGAACCGGCAACGCUUCACCGACUCCUUCACCGCCCCCAUUGACGAAGACUCCACCAUGCCGGAAGACUACCGCGAGCUUUUCGACGGAAACAACGACAACGCCUUCCUCACCGGGCUGAAAUUCACCCGCAAAACCCUCAAGUUCUUCUCCCCCUUCUACACCUCCGACGUCAUCCUCGCCUCGCCCCUCGGUCUACGCCGGCUCAUUGAAAACGAAGACGCGAAGAAACGGGAUUUCGAUUUCCUCUCCUCCAUCGAAGUACUAAUACUAGAUCAAGCAGACGCAAUGCAAAUGCAAAGCUGGGAGAACGUAGAGAUCGUCUUCCGCCACCUCAAUCUCCAACCUCGUGACGCGCAUGGGACGGACUUCACACGCGUGCGGAAUUACUACCUCGACGGGAACGCAAAGUACCUGCGCCAAACAGUCGUGUUCGCCGCUUACAUUACCCCGGAGAUGAACAAGCUGUUCAACAGCUCCAUGCUCAACAUAACGGGAAAAGCGAAACUCACGCCCACCUACCCCGGUGCCAUCACCGCCCCGUCGAUCUCGGGUCUGGGCGUGAAACAAACCUUCUCCCGCUUCGACUCCCCCUCCCCCACCGCAGACCCAGAAGCGCGGUUCAAGUACUUCACCACUGCUGUCUUACCGUCCCUUCUCCGCCUACCUAAACCGACCGAACCGGGCACAGGACAGGGAGUGCUGGUUUUCAUCCCCACUUACUUCGAUUUCCUCCGUCUGCGCAAUUACUUCGCCACAAGCACGCAAACGGCCAAUAUCUCCUUCGGCGCCAUACACGAUUACAGCUCCGUGCCCGAACAACGGCGCGCUCGUUCGCACUUUUUGACAGGGCGUCACCAAUUCCUCUUGUACACGCAGCGGGCGCAUCAUUUCUUCCGUCUCCGUAUUCGUGGGGUCAGGAGGGUGGUAUUGUACGGUGUGCCGGAUAAUCCUGUGUUUUAUGAGGAAGUGGUGGGUGGGUAUCUGGGCACUAGUGUGCACGAGGGAAGCGUGGGUGUGGAGGAGACGGGGGUGAGAUGUUUGUUUGGGAAGUGGGAGGGUUUGGCGUUAGAGCGUGUUGUGGGGAGUACGAGGAUAAAGGGGAUGUUGGGGGGUGUUGGGGAUACCUUUGAGUUUGUGUAG